UUGUUUCUCUCUCUAGAAACAAAGUUAUUUUCUUUUGCAGUUAUGACAGUUUCACGCGGUUUGUGGGAUCAACCUAAAGAACCCAUCAACCCACCCCCGCCCCACGCGUUAACUUCUUCUUCAAUGCAGAAAGUCCAUUCUUCCUUUUAACCGAACCCCAGCGCAGAAAUUUGUUGUUUCGUGUCAUUUCAGUGGCACAGCAGAAGAAGAGAGAGAUGAUUGCCAUACUGUUAUACUGUUUUCUCUUCAUAUUUGGCCUCAUCUGCACAGUCUCCACCAUCCCUCCGACUAAGAAAUUCCUCUCACGAUGCGUCAAAUCCUUCAAUCAUCGGCCCAGAACCCCUUCACAGGAUGCUGCCAAAACCAGCUCCAAUAACGCUAAGACUAGCAGCAGCAGGAGGGGGGGGAUCGAACUCCGAGGCGUUUUCGCGACGUUCGACAAGAACAACGACGGGUACAUAACGAGGGAGGAGCUGAGGGAAUCGCUGAAGAACAUUGGGAUUUCGGCAGGGGAGAGAGACGUGGCUGAUAUGGUGGAGAAAGUGGACUCAAAUGGAGAUGGGCUGAUUGAUUUCGACGAGUUCUGCGAGCUAUUCGACUCGAUAUCUGGCGGCGACGAGGGGCGUGGAGAAGCUGAAGAGGGGGCCGGCGGAGAUGGGGAUUUGAAGGAGGCGUUUGAUGUGUUUGAUGGGAACAAAGACGGGCUUAUAACAGUUGAGGAGCUGGGAUUGGUGCUUUCCUCUCUGGGAUUCACAGAGGGGAAGAAGUUGGAAGAUUGCAAGGAGAUGAUCAGGAAAGUGGACAUGGAUGGAGAUGGGAUGGUCAAUUUUGAUGAGUUCAAGAAGAUGAUGAGAGCCGGCCUCGGCAGAAUCAUUCCAGUUUCUUGACAAAUCUCUUCAGUUUUCGGUACUCAAAUCUUCAUCUCUCCUUUGCAUUCAAAUCAGAUCUAUGUGAUCCCCAUCAUUCAAGAUUUAGGUAGUUUCUUUUAGUUUGAUCAGAAGAAGAUGAUGAUUUAGCAAUAAUUCCCACAGUUGAAACACACAUUAUUUUUCAGUUCAUCAUAGCCAUGUACAGCUCCUGUGGAGAGAUCUGCCAUAGCUUCAGACCUGAACUACUUAGAAUGAUUUCAUCGAUAGCUGUAGCAUAGGAGAUAUCAAACCAAAGCUAAAAUUUCUUCUCUGAUUUGCUGUUGGUGUGGGUUCUGGAUUCCAAGACUUGGAAUUA